AGUCAUACAGUCCAUAAUUAUACUAUUUUUUUACUGGUAUUUACUUACUAUUUAAUAAAUCGUUGUUUUCCGUGGUGUCCGUAUGUGGUUUCAAUGCCCCGUGUUGAAAUAAUUCACCUAUUAACUGAGACUACGUACGCCAGUCAUAAAUUAUCGGCGACAGCGUGAUGGCGGGCAGCGCGCUGGACGAGUUGCCGCGCUGGAGCUGGCUGCUGGGGUUCGACCUGUGGAGCGCCACGCUCGUCAUCGCCACCAUCGGCAUCGUGCACCCGUCGGCGUACAUCUACUCGUGCUUCGUGCACCGCGGCUUCCUGUUCACGGCGGCGUGGCUGCUCGCCGCCGCCUGGUGCGGCUUCAGCGUGGGGCUGCUCGUGGGGAUCAUGCAAGGCUUGGUGCUGGCGUACGAGUGCUGGGUGUGGUUCACGCUGGUGUUCGCGCCGCUCAUGAUCCUGCUCAUGGGGGCGCUGGCGGCGCACUGCUGCUGCCGCCUGCGCACCUCGCUCGCCGCCUCCUUCGUGCCUGUGCUGGCCAUGGUCUUCUACUGGAUAACACUGUACUUCGCGUUCGUGGUGAACAGCGGACGUAUGUCUCGGUUUUCUUGACAAGGCUUUGAUUUCAUUGUCGAUUGAUUACUACCUACUAAGUGUACACGUGAUUAAGAAGAUACCUGGUUUGGAACAUGUUGGACUAUACUUUAAUAAAUAUUUAUUAUU